AGGCUCAGGACUGGGCCGGGGUUUGGAUUUUCAUGCUGGGAGAGACUCUACCCUCUUGUGGUUGGGGUGGUGGGGAGCGAGCAGCCUGGGGGAAACACACCCUCACAGCUCUUCCUGCUGAUGCAAUCUGCCCGACAGCCAGCAUCUCCCUGCGAGAGGGCCGGUCUGCAGUCCCGCCGCCACGUGGAGCAGCCGCCUCCCCAGACCUUGCCGCAGCCCACAGCGCAGAAGGCGCAGAAGGCCUGGGACACAUCGGGUUGGUCCUCCGCUCAGCGCCAGCCAUCCUCACCGCCGCGGGAACAAUGAAGGACUGCAAUAAUGGAUGCUUGGAAGAAUGUGCCAGAGAAGCAGGAUCAAAUGCGGUUAUGAGAACUUUAAAGGCUAAAGAUCUAAUAAUCACACCAGCCACCACUUUAAAGGAGAAACCAGACCCAAAUAAUGUGGUUUUUGGAACCGUUUUCACGGAUCACAUGUUGACAAUCGAGUGGUCCUCAGAGUUUGGAUGGGAGAAACCACAUAUCAAGCCUUUUCAAAACCUGUCCUUGCAUCCUGGCUCGUCGGCUUUGCACUAUGCAGUGGAGUUAUUUGAAGGACUGAAGGCAUUUCGAGGAGUAGAUAAUAAAAUUCGACUCUUUCGGCCAAACCUCAACAUGGAUAGAAUGCACCGAUCUGCUCUGAGAGCAACUCUGCCGGGAUUUGACAAAGAAGAGCUUAUGGAGUGUAUUCAACAGCUUGUGAAAUUGGAUCAAGAAUGGGUCCCAUACUCAACAUCUGCUAGUCUGUAUAUUCGUCCCACAUUAAUUGGAACUGAGCCUUCUCUUGGAGUCAAGAAGCCUACGAAAGCCAUGAUCUUUGUGAUCCUGAGCCCAGUGGGACCUUACUUCUCAAAGGAAACCUUAAAGCCAGUGUCCCUGUGGGCCAAUCCGAAGUUUGUGCGAGCCUGGAAAGGUGGGACCGGGGACUGUAAGAUGGGAGGGAAUUAUGGCUCAUCUCUUCUUGCCCAGUAUGAAGCCUUGGAUAACGGGUGUCAGCAGGUUCUGUGGCUCUAUGGAGAGGAUAACCAGAUAACAGAAGUUGGAACUAUGAAUCUUUUCCUUUACUGGAUAAAUGAAGAUGGAGAAGAAGAACUGGCAACUCCACCACUAGAUGGCAUCAUUCUUCCAGGAGUGAUGAGACAGAGCGUUCUGGAUCUGGCUGGCAAGUGGGGUGAAUUCAAGGUAUCGGAGAGACACCUCACCAUGGGGGACCUGACAACAGCCCUGGAGCAGAGCCGAGUGAAGGAGAUGUUCGGCACCGGCACGGCCUGCAUCAUUUGCCCGGUUUCCGACAUACUGUACAAAGGCGAGACUCUACACAUCCCGUCUAUGGAGAAUGGGCCGAAGCUGGCGAGCCGGAUCUUGGGCAAACUGACUGAUAUUCAGUAUGGAAGAGAAGAGAGUGACUGGACAAUCAUCGUAUCCUGAAUGGAAAAUACAGCAUUAUUACCUGUGUGUUAUGGGGACAGAGUGUUGCUUUCGAAUUAUGAUAUGUUCUUUGGCUACUUGUUUUUAGUUGUGCGUAAUGUAGUUUAUAUUAUCCAUGUUAGGAGGGUGAUUGUUUCCUCAUGCCAGAGAAAAUAAAUUGCAAUCAUCAAAUGGUGUUUUGUAAACUUGGUAGUAGAAGCUUAUGUUACCUUCCCUUAGAAAGAUUAUAAUAAUGUAAGCCAUAUAGCAUAGAAUUUCCUCAGUAUUCUUGGUGCCUCUCUUGGUACUUCAUUCAGAAUAAACAAAAAUGUUUGUUUAUUCUUUAGCAUAAGUAUUAUUCUGCUCCUCAACCAAAUGAGUUGUGUUGUGUGUGUUUAGAAGCUGAUCUGAGUAAAUUUCAGAGGUAACACUUCCUGUGACACAUUUCCACCCUCAGAAGGUGUUUUGUUGUUUGAAGUCAAGACUUGGAAGAACUGUAUUUCCUCAUGUCACGUUUGUUUUGCAGGCCCCCAAGUCCAUCUCUAGGGGCAUCUCUCCUGUCUCCCUGAUGUCACGAUCUCUCUUCGUGCAUCAGUAGGACCCGUGCACACUUCCGCCAUCGCCCUUUCCAUGUUGUGUCAUAGGUAAUUGGCUGCUUGGUAGACUCCACUACAUCACUGAGGGUCUGUGCCUUAGAGAUCUUUGUGUCCCCGAUGCCUGGCACAUAAUAGGUACUCAGUAAAUAAUGACUAAAUGAAUAUUUACCUUCUAUAGAAGUGAACCUUCUUUGUUUCUAUAUUACGAAACCUCUUUAUUAGAAUUGUGAUUGAUUCUGACAUUGUGUGUAUUUACCUCAUAAUGUCUUUAUUUUCCAUGGACUGCUCAGUUAUUAGAGAUACUCAGAAGCAUUGUUCCUCAGAGGAAUUGCUUCAUGUGUAAAGACUGUCUUGGAAUUGCAGUUAUAACUCUACAGAGAAGUCAUAGCGUUGAACCAACCAAAUGGAAAUGACAAAUGUUGUAUAUUAAGUGUUAAAUAUAAAAUAAAUCAUCUCAAUUUGUUUUUUAGUAGAAAGCAGAGAGGUAUACUCUGGUCUUUAUACUUUUGGUUUUAUAGGUGCUCUUUUCUGUUGAAUAGGGAGAUGACACAUGAUUAGGGUACACUGAAUGCAAUUAUAGAUGUCAUUUUCCCUGUUUAGGAGCUCAGAGUUAAAAUUGUAUCCUGGUUUAUUUAGGAGAAAGUGAAAAUAAAAUAGAAAACAUUUACCCUUGGAAGGUCAACUCUUAAACAUUAUAUUUGGGUUUCCUUCAGUACUAAUAACUUUCAUCUUGCUGGUCAUAUUUUAUUCUCUUUUCAAAGCAAGGGGAAAACUUUCUAAAAGUUCAGUACCUUGGAAAAUUUUCCUUAAGGCACAUAGCUGCACAUAGCAAAUGGGGCUUUGAUUCUUUUCUAAGACUUUUGGCCAUGGGGUCUUUUUAGAUAGGAAGGGUAAAAUGAAAAUUAGGGAAGUAUAACAUGAAAAAGAAUGGUAAAAAUAUUUUUAGGGGGCUUUUAAUUGUUGAUCAGAAGUACCUGUUCGUCUCAGGCCUCAGGUAAUUUAUCUUUCUCUAUACUCCUUCUCCCAGUAACAUGCUAAGGGUAUGUAUUGCUUUGGCUAAAUCCUGGGAACUCAUUAAAAAUUUUUUUAAUUGUUGUUUAAUUACAUUUAU